CAACUCGGUGAAAACCCCCACCAAUCACUUGCCAAACUCGCCAAGACCUAUGGCCCUCUGAUGCACCUAAAAUUUGGCAGCUUAGACACAAUUGUUGUAUCGUCUCCUGAACUUGCUAAACAAGUGCUUCAAAAGCAUGAUCAGGUGCUCUCCAGUCGACCUCACCUGGAUGCAACCGCUGCUUAUGGUCACAACAAGGUAUCGGUAGCGUGGCUACCGGUGGUCAGCCGGUGGCGGGUUCUUAGGAAAAUAUGCAAAGACCAGAUGUUUUCUUUGCAGAGAGUUGACUCAAGCCAGGGCCUCCGCCGGGAGAAGCUGAGGAAACUGCUUGAUUACGUGCACGAAUGUUGCGCUAGCUGCCGACUUUUGGAUAUUGCUGAUGCUGCAUUCUCCACGUCGCUCAAUCUUAUCUCAGCCAGUCUGUUCUCAGUAGAGUUUGCUCAGGUUGGUUCAGAUUCGUCUCAUGAUUUCAAGGGAAUUGUGCGUGGUUUGCUGCAGUUAGCUGGCACGCCUAACCUUGCUGACUACUUUCCGCUUCUUAAGCCUAUUGAUCCUCAAGGGCUUAAGCGCAAAUCAGUGUCUUAUGUUGGAAAACUACUCAGGAUCUUUGAUGAUAUAAUUGAUCAGAGACUGAAAUCAGAAAGCCGCCCAUACACAAAUUAUGAGCGGAAAAAUGAUUUACUAGAGGCACUUCUUGAUAUCAGCCGCAGUAAUGAAUCUGAAUUAAACCGGAACGACAUUUUACAUUUACUCUUGGAUUUAUUUGUUGCAGGAACAGACACGACAGCAACCACGGUAGAAUGGGCGAUGGCGGAACUGAUACACAAUCCGAGGAAGAUGGCAAAAGCAAGAAAGGAGCUUCAAACUAUCAUCGGCGGAAAGGGACAGGUUCAAGAAUCAGACAUAUCCAGGCUGCCAUAUCUACAGGCAGUGGUCAAAGAGACAUUCAGGCUUCACCCGGCGGGUCCUUUACUGUUACCUCACAAGGCUGAGGCUGACACAUUAAUUAAUGAUUAUAUAGUGCCCAGAAAUGCACAGAUACUUGUAAACGUUUGGGCAAUUGGUAGAGAUUCUAGCAUAUGGUCUAAUCCUGAUUCGUUUGAGCCCGAAAGAUUUUUAGACAGCAAAAUCGACAUCAGGGGCCAGGAUUUUGAGCUCAUCCCAUUUGGUUCAGGGAGGAGAAUUUGUCCCGGAUUGCCGUUGGCUUAUCGGAUUGUGCACGUCUUGGUGGCAUCCCUGAUUCACAACUUCGACUGGAAACUUGAAGGUGGAAUUACGCCCGAUGAAUUGGACAUGAAGGAGAAGUUUCAGUUUAGUUUGCAGAAGGUCGUUCCCCUAAAGGCUGUUCCUGUCAAACUCUGUCGAGAGCAUUACAUGCUCGAUGAGAAUGUAUAAAUUAUAAUUAAUAUUUUAAAAUAAAAAAUAAUCAGUGAUUAUUUUGCCAAAA